AUGCCGCGAGAUUUGUUGCAAAUACACAAUGCGAGAAAAGUUGCAAUGAAAGUAUUGUUAUCACGUAAAGAUGAAUUAUUGAAUCUACACUAUGUUGCAAUGGCAAUGCCAUCACUUGUUUGGAAACUGGAAACUGUUCCAGAUUUACUUUUAGUGUUAAGUGAGCCCGAUUUGUGCAAUGAAAUAAACAAACUAUGGGGCUUUAAAAGCACUGAUCAAGCGGCAAAACAACUAUUCUACGACACAACCUUCAGUAUCGGUGAUUAUUUCGUUAGCCCUCUGCUGACAAAAAUAAAUUGUUUUGAUGAAGAACCUACGGUUCCCUUUUCUAUUUUAAUUCAUCGAAAUCAAACAACAGAAUCUCAUAUAACACACUUUUUAACAAUGAAAUUAAAUAAAAAACCAUCGUUAAAAAGACUUGUGGACGACAAUAUUUUUAUAACACAUGAUCGUGAAGAUGCAAUUACGAAUAGUAUUUCAUUCGUUUUUCCUCAAUGGACUCAAUUUUCAGAUUAUGUGCAUUUGAAAAGAAACUUGAAGACUCAUUGUCGAAAAGAACAAAUUGGCAAAGAUUUACGUAAACGAAUAUUUGAAUAUAUAGAUAUCCUACAAUUGUCAGAAACAUUAGAGCAAUUUGACGAUACAUAUGAUGAAUUAUCGAAAAUAUGUCCAGAGGAUCUGUUAAAAUAUAUUGAUAAUAAUUUAAAAGAAGUAUUGAUAAAUAUCACUGUAUUUACUCUGCGAUCACAUGGUUAUUUAUGUUCAGAUGUAAUUCCUUAUAGUAAUCGAUGUGAAGGUUUUAAUUUUAUGUUAAAACAGUUGAAUGAAUGGAAAAAAAGCUCUGUCGAUGCAGUUGUUUUAUCAUUUCAUCGUCUUCUGGCUCAUUUUCUAAUUGAUAUUCGCCGAAGUCGUGCCGGCCUUGGAAAAUACCAUUUGAAAUCAAUAGCUGCCCGUUAUGCAUUAGAUACAGAUGAUAUAGAAGAUGAGCCCAAAAUAUCCAUGAAUGAUAUCGUUAAAGAAUUACAGGCUGAUUUAUAUUAA